GCGGGUACAAUAACGAUUUUCAUUACGCCGUCGAACGAAUUUGGUGUGUGCGGUCUCUCUGAAAUUAAGACGCAUAUUUUUUUUCCUUCUUCGUUCUGUGGCAACCUGGCGAAUCAAUAAAUUUGUUUUUUAAUUUUUUUUCGCUUUUGUUUUUAAAACUUAAAUCAAUUCCUUCUUAACAUAAAUUGUUCAAAAUAGUCGAUUUUUAAUCAAAUUCUUUGCUUAGAAUGUGUUUCAUUGGAGCAUAAGUGGAAGCAGAUGUUUAGAAAAACGGACCAUGUUUGUUCAAUAAGCCCGAACUUAAACUAUUUCAAUUAUCAAACGAAAGUUAACGUUUAAAUUUUCUUCAUAGUCUAACAAUUUAGAGAGCAAAAGAAACUUGUUCUAAUGGUCAAGUGGCUGUGAAAAUAGUGCAAACGUUGUAUAAUUAAAAUAAGAACACAUCUCUUUGUUAUCAUUUCAACAACGUUCAAUACAAUGACUGAUGAAACAGAAGCACUUGAUUUCAAAGAGCAACUGUUGGCCAACGUAAAGGAGAAGGCGAAACAUGUGAUGGAAGAAGCUGUAACACGGAAAUAUGUAAACGAACAAUCUCUAACAGUAACGCAUUUGUGUGCAGCAGUUGAAGAAUGCUUAAGUCAAGGAUUACGUCGGCGAGCGCUUGGUCUAUUUAAAACAUCAUCAACGACAGCAUUGUUGCAUAAAGUGGCCAAACACUGUCCCGAGGCGAAUUAUAUAAGCAAAAAAGUUUUGGACAUUGAAAAUGCUGAUCCAACAAAGCGCUCAUCGUCAAGUAGCGACAGUACAAGCAAACCACCAAUUCUGAAGAAAAAUAGCAACACAUCCAUUACAAAUAAUUCUAGUCCACCAUCUCCAACUAUAAAGCAUCUUUGGAUUCGUUUGGCAUUGUAUGAAAAGAAAUUGGCACGCAUAGUUGAUCAUUUGGUAACAAAUGCAUCGCGCUAUUAUGAGCGUGAUUCAUUAGUUGCGGAUCAAAAUUUUGGUUCAAUUUUAAGUUCAUUGCUCAUUGGUCCAUGUACUUUGGAAUAUUCACGGCCAAAAACACCUGAAUACAUUUGGAGCGAUCCGGCUGCAGAAGAAUUGGUACAAAGACAUCGUAUCACCUCGUCGCAACCAACACCACCAACAUGCCGACGGCCAAUUAUCAAUUUCAAACGAAGUUUAAACAGUUCAGAAGAUGGAAGCACCAGUUCGUUUAAAUCGAAUAUUGUUGAAUCGUUGCAUCAAAAUCAUCGAGCCACACUACUCUAUGGAAAAAACAAUGUGCUCGUGCUUCCGGUGUGUAGUAUACAUGAUAAAAAAGAUGUAACGGAACCGUUACCGGGCUAUUUGAGUUUGCAUCAAAGGCCACACUCAUUGAUAAUUAAAUGGACACCAAAUCAGUUAAUGAACGGUUACAUUGAAAAAGAUGAUCCGGAUGCAACUUCUUAUUGGGAUUAUUUUAACGAAUUAACAAUGACUAUAAAUGUUGAGGAUAUCGUUUAUGUGCAUUGCCAUCAACAAUCAAGCGGCCAGGAUACAAGUGGCACCAUAAUUCUCGUAGGGCAUGAUGGUGUACAGCGUUCGCCGAUCAUAUUUCCAGAGGGUGGACAUAUGGCAUCGUUUCUUCGUGCAUUAGAAACUGGUCUACUACCACAUGGUCAACUCGAUCCACCAAUUUGGUCGCACAAAGGUAUCGGUAAAAUCUUUCCAUGGGCUUCGAAAAACAAACGCAAACCAUUACCGCUUGUUAUGGAAUCGGAAUCGGAAGAAGAUGUUCCAAUUGAUUAUGUUUUUCGCAUUGUUAACAAAUCAAACAAUGAAGAAUUUCGCGAAUUUUUAUCCAAAUUUCAAGUGAAUCAUCUUCGCAGUAAAUUGCAAUCAGUUACAAGCGCAUCAAUUUUAGAUUUGGGUCGUACAAGCCCAAGACGAUCACAUCUCAGUAGUUCGUCUACGAAUGAAAGUAGUGACGGUUCCAAUAAAAGUCUGUCAUUAGACGUGUACGCACCAGACAGCCCAUUAGUUGUCACCACAAAUCAAACGGCAAGUAUUGCAUUAGUUUGUACAACGAUGCGCAAACAAAUUAUAUCACGAGCCUUUUAUGGGUGGUUAGCGUAUUGUCGGCAUCUUUCAACCGUACGAACUCAUUUAUCUGGAUUAGUAAAUGGACGAAUAACGCCAGAAAAUGGUGCCGAAAGCGGACUAACAAAAGAUGUAUGGAAUACAUUGAAUGUGAACGGCGUUAUAAGCGAUUCAGACGAAGUAUAUCGUUUGGUUUAUUUUGGUGGUGUUGAUGAAAAAAUUCGCAAUGAAGUCUGGCCAUUUUUAUUGGGCCAUUACUCGUUUGGUUCAACGGCCGAAGAGCGUUCGGAACUUGAUGAAACCAGUCGACAUUAUUAUGAGACGACAAUGAGUGAAUGGCUUGCGGUUGAAGCAAUUGUGCGACAACGUGAUAAGGAAAAAACUGCAAUGGCUGUUGCUAAAUUGAGUUCGGAAAGUGGAAGUGAUCAACAGCAAAAGGGGAAAAAAGUUGGACUGGAUCCAGACAAUGAUAUUGAAAACGAUGUAUUCGAAGAGAAUGGAUAUUCGGAUAUGUCCGAACCAGAGGAGUACGAUGACGAUCAACCGCAUCGCAAAGAUAGCGAUAAACCAAAUGAAAAAGUUGAAAAUGUGGUUUGUGAAAAACCAAGUCGAAUGAAUAAAAGUAGCACAGAUUCCGGUAAUGUUGCCGAUAGUGCUGAUGAAGAAAAUGAAACUGACGAGAACAAAGAAAUUGUUGAGGCUGCUGAAACAUCAGUAUACCAAUUAAGAGCUGAAGAUUUACCAAUUUUAAAUUUGGUUAAGGAUCCAUCCGAUGAAUUCAAAUUGGCUGUUGACGAAACGAACAGCAAUAAAAGUUCACCAUCAUCGUCAUCAUAUCAAACCGUUGCCAAUGAUUUUGUCGACUUGGCCGGACAAAUAGAAGAUAUAACUAUUGACGAAAAUGAUAUAAUUUCAUCACCUACAACGAAUCAUCCACAUGCAGUCAUUGUCACCGAUGCUUCAAUCGACAUUGUAAAUGUUCAACGAGAUGUAAAUAGCGGCGACGACAAUGAUGAAGAAGAGAAAAAUAAUUUAUCACCAUUACAAGAGGAGAUUGCUGGUCAAUCUUCAUUGGAUGCACUACAAGAGCCAAAAUCGGCAUGCGUAUCGCCGGCCAGUUCGAAUGGCGGAAUCUAUAGCGGUGAAUUGCUCGAGACAUUUGGCUUGAAUUUACAUCGCAUUGAAAAAGAUGUACAGAGAUGUGAUAGAACCCAUAAGUAUUUUAAAGUGGACGAAAAUUUAGAUAAAUUGAGAAAUGUCAUUUGCACAUAUGUGUGGGAGCAUUUGGAGAUUGGUUACAUGCAAGGAAUGUGCGAUUUAGUUGCUCCAUUCUUGGUUGUUUUCGAUGACGAAUCAAUGAGCUAUAGUUGCUUUUGUCGUCUGAUGGAGCGCAUGAUCGAAAAUUUUCCAAGCGGUAAUGCAAUGGAUAUGCAUUUGGCUAACAUGAGAUCAUUGAUUCAAAUAUUAGACUCUGAAAUGUAUGAUUUGAUGCAUGCACAUGGCCAUGACUACACACAUUUCUAUUUUUGUUAUCGUUGGUUUUUGUUGGAUUUUAAACGCGAACUUCUUUACAAGGACAUCUACACCAUGUGGGAAAUUAUUUGGGCGGCAAAAUUUGUAGCGUCAUCCCAUUUUGUGCUUUUUAUAGCGCUCGCAUUGCUGGAAACCUAUCGUGAUGUUAUUUUAUCAAACAGCAUGGAUUUCACCGACGUGAUUAAAUUCUUUAACGAAAUGGCCGAACAUCACAAGAUGGACGAGGUACUGAAGCUGGCUCGAAAUCUUGUACUUCAACUACAAACAAUCAUUGAAAAUAUAUAAAUGAAUGAGAAAAGCUCCGUUGCUGGGUGUGAAAAUUAUUUUUAAAAUGUAGCAUCCAUCAUUUAUUAGAGCUUAUAAUUAAUACACCACUGGUAGACAUUUUACAUCUCGAUUAUCGUGGCAAUAGCAGCACAACAAAUAACUUACCUAGUGACAAACAAAAUCAAUUCAUUUAGAGAAAAAAACACACACUAUUUAAAAAGAAAAAUAGAUUUAAAUGUAACAGGAGACGAUUUUUUCUAAACGUAUAUUUUUUAUAAAUAUUUUUUUUCAGACAAAAUACAAAACCAACAAAGAAAACCGUUGUUCGUUCAACAAAUCACAGAUUUAUAUACACAUUCAAAAUGUCCCAUGCAUAGAACCGGAAUUUGUUGAAUAAAAUCAAGAAUAAACGUAUAUGCCAGAAAAUGUGUCCAAAUAGAUUCCAUCUUUAGACUUUGCAUUUUAUGAAUUUUUCUUGAACAUUCUCAUCGUUGACUGAUUAGAAUUUUUUUUUUUUUUUAAUUUCAAUCAACAUUUAUACCAAUUAUUAAAAUUUGAUCACUAUUGCAUCAUAUAAUAAAUAUUAAGUCAAAAUGAAAUCAACAACGAGAGUAGUAGAGUUCUUCGAACACAAUAUUCUUCUAAUUGUUCCUGUUAAAUUUCACAAACUUUUAUUUCCGGAACAAAAUAAUUUUAACAUGAAAUUUUUUUUUAAUUAAAAUAUUUCAUAUCAAACAAAAAUUAUUUACGAUAAAUAAAAACUGGUUCAGGUAUUGAGAGUAAUUAGUUGAGAAUGAAACGCCCUUAAAUGAUUUAAUUAAAAAAAAUAAAAUCAUUCCAAAUUUAAAAUUAUCGUCUAUGUAUUGAAAUUUUAUUCAAAUGUAUUAAAAAAAUCUAUUAUUAUUUUCAGUGUUUUUUAUCUCAUUAAGUCUUCUUUUUCGAGAUUCAAAAGUGCCACUGAAAUUUAUGUCAUUUAGUAUGGAUGAAAAUGUGAAAUAUUGAAAAACCCGUUGAAAAUGGAUUUUAUAAAGAACUCACUCUUUGCAAUUUUAAGAAACAUGACAAUGCAUCAAAAAGACGUACAGUAUGUUGUUUGAAACACCAAAAAUGUCACAAAUUGUACAGAUUCUUACCAAUGGCGGUUUUCAAUGAAUCCCAUUUUCAUUCGCAGCCGAUGUUAGUGAAAUCAAUUAAUGAGCAUUACACCCGAAUGUGUGAAACAUUUCAAUCAUGAUUAUAAAAACCAAUAUUUUUAUGUGGAAUUUAGUAAAAUCUAUAAGAAUUUAGAAUUUGAAUUUAUUUGUGAAAAAUUUCCGGAUUUUAAGCUUCAACAAGCAUUGUUAAACACUUUUUUAGAGAAACAAAUUCUUCCGAAUGAACAUGGAUUAUAUAUAUACACCAUAAAUGACUAUUGACUAUUAUUUUUUUUAAAUAUCUAUAGCAUUUUUUGUUGAAAAAUAUAUAAAAUUUAUUUUGAAUGCUCUAUCAAAAUCGUCAUGGUAUAGAAAGAAAGAAUAUGAAAUUGAUAUCGUACAUGAUCGUAAAAAAGCGCUUUUCUAUGUCUUCUUCUACAAUUCUUUACGAUUUGUAAGUAAAAAACCUAUUUAUUUAAUAUGGGUCCGUGGCCCAUCAUUAAACAAGGCCAAAAAAUUGGAGGUCAAAUCACUUAGCACGUGUGUGCAGAAAGCAGUUGUUGCUAACUCUAUUAUGUGUUUCUAUGUGUAGCUAAAUCAUAUAGUCUAUAUGCAAAAUAAAAAAAAAAAUAUGUAAAUAUCAGGAUGAACAAUAAUUCUUUAAGAAUUGAAUCCAAAUCAACAUCCGUACUAUGUAUAUUGAAGUCAUAAAAUCAACAAUAUUUAUAAAUAAAGUCACUACUACCAUUAUCAUUAUA